AUGCCUUCCCGGCAUGGAAAGCCUGGCCUUCAAGCCACAUCUCCUUCCCGUCGUGGACAGUACCUGCGUGACCGAAUGUCCAAAAGUUACAUUACAUACCCUCUCCGUCAACAUCAAGCUCCACUGGAGCUCCGAUUUGCAGCCCGUGUUUCAGGGCGAGGAUGUAGGCCAGAAUUCACUGCCGAAGAAGUUAAUGAGUCAAAGCUUGCUAGUCGUGAAGCUGCACGCCAACGUCUUGUGUUGACGGCGUGGGAAGUCGAGGAGUCAGAACGGUUCACAGCAUUCCUGAAUGGUCUCCAUCGUGAGAACCAAGACCGCCUCCUUUUCAGUGAUGAAGAAUUGAAAAAGGUCAGAAACGUUUUUUCUGACCGGUCACAAGAACAAAUCGACGACGACACGAGCUACCUUCAAGCUGUCUAUGAUGAGGAUUGCGAGAUUUUUCGCGCUGUCUCCGCCCAAGCCGAGGUGCUUACAAAGCACUUGGGCUCUCACAUCAAGGAAGACAUUUUGGGUUCCAUGGGAAAGUCGUCUCAACCACCCCACUUCGUCGGUAAAUCUGGUCCAUCUUCAGACACAGAUGAUAUCAUGGAUGAUGACGAAUCCGAUGAUGAUGAUGACGACGACGGCGACAAGGCAGCCGAUGGUGGUGUUGACGGUUCACAGCGCAAGGGUAAAGCUGCCAUCCCCAAGCCACCUAGGGGAUCAGGCCUCAAUCCUUCUGGUCUCCCAGCUGCAGGUCAAUUCAAUCUUUCCGCAGAGCAACCUCAAAUGUCGGCUUUCGAUUUCGAUCCAUAUGCACAGUCUGUGGGAGAGCGUCAAGCUGCGCAGCAACAGUUUCACGAUGCCCAUGGCUCGUUGACUUAUGGAGAUGGGGGUGGGCCAUCAUCGUACGGUCCCACGCAGGGCUCUUCGACUUACGGAGAUGGGGGUGGGCCGUCAUCAUACGGUCCCGCGCAGGGCUCGUUGACUUACGGAGAUGGGGGUGGGCCGUCAUCAUACGGUCCUGCGCAGGGCUCUUCGACUUACGGAGAUGGAGGUGGGCCGUCAUCAUACGGUCCCGCGCAGGGCUCUUCGACUUACGGAGAUGGGGGUGGGCCGUCAUCGUACGGUCCCGCACAGGGCUCUUCGACUUACGGAGAUGGGGGUGGGCCGUCAUCGUACGGUCCCGCGCAGGGCUCUUCGACUUACGGAGACGGAGGUGGGCCGUCAUCGUACGGUCCCACGCAGGGCUCGGCGUCUUACGAAGACGACGACUUUUACAAUCACUUCCGGGACGCUCGACUCGACUCAGGCCCAUCCUUCACUGAUUUCCCGCCUGAUCACCAUCCUAGACAGGUAACACCCAUGCCUCGGUGGAUCGAGGAGGCGCCAGACGGGGGCUCCAAUGUUGCAGAACCACAGGGUCCGUUGCCCCCGGCCUCAAAUUCGAUGAUGAUCCAACAGGGAGAAAUUCCUGUUUCGGAAGUAGUACAUACAGCGGGACCCGCGAGGACGACCCGGGCGCGCACAGCCCGGCGUGUCAAUAUGCCUGUAACACCAUACCUGGUGUCACGAACCCCCGCCGUCUCCACCGAACAGCACGACACACCAGGCGACACUCAAGAUGAAGCGUCGUCGUCUCGAAACAUCAUCAGACUGGCGAAGGACGAUAUCAAUCACGCGAUGGGGGGCGCCAAAGUCCUGAUCACACGACUCCUAUUCUCGAGGAACGCGAUGGUGUACUCUAGGUCGAAAAAGAGGCGCUUCGUCGAUAGGGCUAUUGAAGACUCAAUCCCGCAGUUUUAUGGGCCCAAUGUUGUAUUUCAGUCCUUCAUCACGAACGCACACCGCAAACAGGUUGCGAAUGCCCUGUCCGCUAAACGCGGAAAAAUGAUUGAUUUCGCGCGGGAUGGCGUUUGCGACGCGUUCCAACUGUUAGCCCCACGAGGACACUCGUUACCACCAACCCAGUAUCGCAUUGCCAGGGUCAGCCGCCUCAUUCAGGGCGCUGACCCUCUCAUGUUCAUGCACGAUUUUUACUUCGACGAGAACGAUAAUAUAAUCGUUCGUGCAAAAUUCCAGAACAGAUUCGUGAUGGCCAAUGUCAUCAGAUUCGUGUGGUAUUGGGGCUCCGCAUCGUUCCUCGACACGUCCUCACUCAAGGCCAUCAAGAACGUCGUAGGCGUAGCUGGCGCAGCUACGCACUGCGCGUUGUACGAACAAGCAAAGGUGCAGUUAGAUAUAGACCCAUUCGGUGGAAAAGCCCACAACGACAAAUUCAAAGAAAUCGUUGGCGCGAUGGAUGGAGUUACGGGCGCAGAAAAGAUCGAGUUGGAGCAGCAUUUACAGUAUAUAUUGGAGAUCGGACCAUCACAAGCACGGGGUGACGAGAGCUCGUCGACAUCUGACUCAGGGAUCAGCGAUUGA